AUGGCAGUCAACAAAGGCCCCACCUUGCUGGAUGGAGACCUUCCUGAGCAGGAGAAUGUGCUGCAGCGGGUCCUGCAGCUGCCGGUGGUGAGUGGCACCUGCGAGUGCUUCCAGAAGACCUACACCAGCACUAAGGAAGCCCACCCCCUGGUGGCCUCUGUGUGCAAUGCCUAUGAGAAGGGCGUGCAGAGCGCCAGUAACUUGGCUGCCUGGAGCAUGGAGCCCGUGGUCCGCAGGCUGUCCACCCAGUUCACAGCUGCCAAUGAGCUGGCCUGCCGAGGCUUGGACCACCUGGAGGAAAAGAUCCCAGCCCUCCAGUACCCUCCUGAAAAGAUUGCUUCUGAGCUGAAGGACACCAUUUCCACCCGCCUCCGCAGUGCCAGAAACAGCAUCAGCAUUCCCAUCGCAAGCACUUCAGACAAGGUCCUGGGGGCCGCUUUGGCUGGGUGCGAGCUCGCCUGGGGAGUGGCCAGAGACACUGCGGAAUUUGCUGCCAACACUCGAGCUGGCCGACUGGCUUCUGGAGGGGCCGACUUGGCCUUGGGCAGCAUUGAGAAGGUGGUGGAGUACCUCCUCCCUCCAGACAAGGAAGAGUCAGCCCCUGCUCCUGGACACCAGCAAGCCCAGAAGUCGCCCAAGGCCAAGCCGAGCCUCAUGAGCAGGGUUGGGGCUCUGACCAACACCCUCUCUCGACACACCAUGCAGACCGUGGCCCGGGCCCUGGAGCAGGGCCACACCCUGGCCAUGUGGAUCCCAGGAGUGGCGCCCCUGAGCAGCCUGGCCCAGUGGGGUGCCUCAGUGGCCAUGCAGGCGGUGUCCCGGCGGAGGAGUGAAGUGCGGGUGCCCUGGUUGCACAGCCUCGCAGCCGCCCAGGAGGAGGAUCAUGAGGACCAGACAGACACGGAGGGAGAGGACAUGGAGGAGGAGGAAGAAUUGGAGACUGAGGAGAACAAGUUCAGUGAGGUAGCAGCCGUGCCAGGCCCUCAAGGGCUCCUGGGCGGUGUGGCACAUAACCUGCAGAAGGCCCUCCAGACCACCAUCUCAGCUGUGACAUGGGCACCUGCAGCUGUGCUGGGCAUGGCAGGGAGGGUGCUGCACCUCACACCAGCCCCUGCUGUCUCCUCGACCAAGGGGAGGGCCAUGUCUCUAUCAGAUGCCCUGAAGGGCGUUACUGACAAUGUGGUGGACACAGUGGUGCAUUACGUGCCGCUCCCCAGGCUGUCGCUGAUGGAGCCCGAGAGCGAAUUCCGGGACAUCGACAACCCGCCCGCCGAGGUCGAGCGCCGGGAGGCGGAGCGCAGGGCGUCAGGGGCGCCAUCCGCCGGCCCGGAGCCCGCCCCGCGCGCCGCACAGCCCCGCCGCAGCCUGCUGAGCGCGCAGAGCCCCGGCGCGCCCCCCGGCCCCGGCCUGGAGGACAAGGUCGCCACGCCCGCAGCGCCGCGCCCGGCCUUCUCGGCCGUGCCCCGCGAGAAGCCGAAGCGCAGGGUCAGUGACAGCUUCUUCCGGCCCAGCGUCAUGGAGCCCAUCCUGGGCCGCGCGCAGUACAGCCAACUGCGCAAGAAGAGCUGAGUCGCCGCAUCUGUCGCCGCACCCCGGGCCGGCGGGUUUCUCUAACAAAUAAGCAGAACCCGCACAGCCCAGGCGAGCGUUGCCGCUUUCAAAGUGGUCCCCUGGGGACCCCAGCCUCAUCCCGAUGAUGCUGCCGAGGCACACAUUUUUUUUUUUUUAAGCAUCCUUUUGGGGCUUCACCCUCAGAGCCAGUUUUUAAGGGACACCAAAGCCGCAGCCUGCUCUGAUUCUAUGGCUCGGUUUUUACUAAAAGAGUAAUUGCCUAACUUGAUUUUUCAUCUCUUUAACCAAACUUGUGGCCAAAAGACAUUUGACCGUUUCCAAAAUUCAGAUUCUGCCUCUGUGGAUAUUUGUCAUGAAUGAGUAACUCCUGUCACCACUGUGAAGGUCCAAACAGAAGAUCUUGACACAUUCUUAGCACUGAACUGGGAGAUCCUCUGAUGAUCUAGGCUCCCAGCAGACUACUUUUGAAGGGAACAAUCAGAUGCAAAAGCUCUUGCAUGUUUAUUUAAAAUACUAGUGUCACUUUCUGAGUACUCGCCCCUUCACAGGCUGAGUCCCAGGCCUGUGCUUCAUAGAGCCAGCUUCUUGCUCACAGCCACAUUUCCAUUUGGAUCAUUACUGCCUGCACCUGCAUAGUCACUCUUUUGAUGCCCUCCAGAUGCUGGGGAACGAAAAUGGUGAUCAUAUAUAGACUUUAUAGCCACAGUUCAUCCCCAAUCCCAUUUUCCAAGGGAAAUGUUAAUAUUUGAUAAAUCUAGAAAAUGCAUUCAUGGCCGGGCUCGGUGGCUCACGCCUGUAAUCCCAGCACUUUGGGAGGCCAAGGCGGGUGGAUCACGAGGUCAGGAGAUCGAGACCAUCCUGGCUAACACGGUGAAACCCCGUCUCUACUA